UUGUUAAAACUUUCUUUCCGGUUUUAAAUCAAAAUGGGUAUUAGUCGGGACAAUUUCCACAAAAGACGUGCCACGGGUGGUAAGCGCAAACCUUUAAGAAAGAAGAGGAAGUUUGAGUUAGGUAGACCUGCUGCCAAUACAAAGUUAGGGGCUUUAAGAAUUCACCCUGUGAGAACUCGUGGAGGAAAUACAAAACACCGGGCACUUCGUUUAGAAAAUGGAAAUUUUGCUUGGGCUUCAGAAGGUUGUGCUCGGAAAACACGUAUUAUUGAUGUUGUUUACAAUGCUUCCAAUAAUGAGCUUGUCCGUACUAAAACAUUAGUAAAAAAUGCUAUUGUUGUUAUUGAUGCAACGCCAUUCCGUCAAUGGUUUGAAGCCCACUACAUAUUGCCUUUGGGUCGAAAACGUGAUCCAAAGCAUGCGCAAAAAGAUGAAAAUGAUGUUUUAACUAAAAAGCGCAGUGAAAAAGUAAUGAAAAAAUACUUGUUGAGACAAAAAUAUGCUAAAGUUGAGCAAGCUUUGGAAGAACAAUUUUCAUCAGGUCGUCUGUUAGCUUGUGUUUCAUCACGUCCAGGACAAUGCGGUCGGGCUGAUGGAUAUAUCCUUGAGGGCAAGGAAUUAGAGUUUUACAUGAGAAAAAUAAAAUCUAAAAAAACAAAGUAAUCUAAACAUGUAAGGAUUAAUUAAUAUGAAAUAAAACAAAAAAAUUAAAAA